UUCUAGGCCGCUCUUCUCUACUCCUCUCAGCGCUGUUCUCUUCUCUUUGAAAUCUCUUCCGAGAGAGCUCAGCGCUUACGAGUCCUGUGGGUUCUCGGGGGAAGAGCCCUUUAAGCGGCGAGUUGGGACGCUGCCCGGGAGGAAAGGGGUGCAGUUGUAGAUACCGCCGAACUCUUUGCUGUGCGAAGAGUGGCGAUGAGCUGAAUUAAAAAGGGAACUGGAGAGAAUUAGCAGCCAGAGGCAGGGGACCUGAGCUGAAGAAGAAGCAGCGGAGCAGGGUGACUGGCUGCCCUGGAGGGGAGAUGAUGAGUUAGUUACACCUUUCUUGCCCGGUGCUUAGCAGUCGCCUGCAGGAGGCGCUGAAUUCGGCAGGUGUGGAAAGUCUCUCCCUUCCUCCUGACUCCCAGUUUUGACCUCCCACCUUAAGUAGGUCCUGUUUGGGAGAAUUUGGCUCUUUCUUUAUUUCUGCACGAUGCGGAACAGUUACAAGGCAGUAGUGGCCCUGGACACACUUCGGCCGGAGGUGUCCAGCGCAGAUAGAGCGCCCAAUGUCACCGACCAGCUUCUCCCUUCUCCCUCCUCCGCCUCUGCCCAGCCCGCGGCCCCGAUAAGUGUCCAAAGCCGGGAGAACGGCUCUCAGAUCCAAGUGUCCAUCAUUCUUCCUGUUCACAAUGCUGAGUGCUGGUUGGAUGACUGUUUGCAGUCUGUUUUGGAACAAGAUUUUGAAGGCACUUUAGAACUUUCCAUCUUUAAUGAUGCCAGUAAGGACAAGUCAAUGAAUAUAAUUAACAAAUGGAAGAUUAAGUUAGAAACUUUAGGCAUCAGAGUAAUCAUUGGAGGUCAUGAUUCUCCUUUUCCCCGAGGAGUUGGAUUUUCUAAAAAUCAAGCAAUAGCACAAAGUUCAGGCUCUUACCUUUGUUUUUUGGAUUCGGAUGAUGUGAUGAUGCCUCAAAGGGUGAGAUUGCAAUACAAAGCUGCCAUUCAACAUCCAAAUAGUAUUAUAGGGUGCCAAGUGAAGAGAGAACCCCCAAACUCAACUGAACGCUAUACUCGUUGGAUCAAUAAUCUAACAUCUAAGCAACUUAUCACACAGGUGUUUACUUCUUAUGGACCAACAGUGAUCAUGCCUACCUGGUUUUGCUCCCAAAAAUGGUUUUCCCAAGUUGGAAAAUUUGAUGAGAGUGGAAAGGGUGUGCCUGAAGAUUUAUUAUUCUUUUAUCAUCAUCUCCGAAAGGGUGGUGGAGUCUUUCUAGUUGAACAGUGCCUUCUCCUUUAUAGAUACCACCCAUAUGCAGCAACACACUCAGUCCUAGAAAGCACUAUCUGGCAACACCGAGUUCAGUUCCUAGAAGAAAGGGCUCUUCAGCAUUGGACAUCAUUUACUAUCUGGAAUGCUGGCAAACAGGGGAGAAAACUCUAUAGAAGCUUAUCCCCAAUAAACCAGAAAAAGGUUGUUGCAUUCUGUGAUGUUGAUGAAAACAAGAUCAAGAAGGGUUUCUACUCUUAUGAAGACUCUAAGGAAAGGCCCAAACCAAAGAUUCCAAUACAGCAUUUCAAGGAUGCCCACCCUCCUUUUGUGAUUUGUGUAAAGCUGGAUCUCACUGGUGGGACAUUUGAAAAAAACUUGGAGUCACUGAAUCUACACGAAGGGCUAGAUUAUCUUCAUUUCAGUUGACCUUGUCAUUAUGUUUUUUCAUUAAAAGCUACAAAAAUCCAAUUACAAGGUACUUCAGAAAAUAGAAUUGAUCUAGCCCUAGUCAGGGACCAAGGAAGAGCUAUGUUUCAAAUCCAACAGAACUUUUGCUUCACCUGAAUUAUUGUGGAAGCAGUGUGCAUUUUGGAACUACCUCACUUGUGGCAUUUCAACAGGCAUAAUCUGAAUCAAAUCAGCUUCACCCCAUCCCCUUCUCUGGCUGAAAGUGCAAAGGGUGGGAGCCUCAGGUGCGCUGAAUGUUCUUCAGAAGAUGAAGCAGUCCCUGCAUACUGUGAGGACAUUGAUAAAGGUGAAGGUAAAAUAUUACCUAUUCCCAACCCAUUUUAUCUUUUAAAAGUAAGAGAGAUAAAUUAGCAUGAUGUGUAGAGCAGAUGACAUUGAGUCAGGAGACCUGGAGUCAGAUCCAGUUUGAGACUUGUUCUUACUGUGUGUGAGCCUGGUAACUUCUCAACUUCUCAGGACUUCAUUUUCCUUAUAUUUACAUAUGAGUGAUAAUUAUAAUACUUUUAUGACCUACUUCACAUGGCUGAGAGUUCUUAAAAAAACAUUUUAAUCUUGAAGAGAAAUGAAUAAAUUUGAGUGGGAACUUAAAAGAAAACUCAUUUGCUUCAAAGUAAGAUAGAGAAUACAUACAUAUACAUAUAUAAUGAGCAGGAGGAGAACUGUUAUAGCAGAGUGCCGCUUUCAAUCCCAUGCCUAUACAAGCACAUUACAUGGCACUGGAUAAGACAAACAGGCAAAUGGGUAAGUUCCUACAGACUCCUUUUCAGGCAUAUUGUAGAGAAGAUUCUUGUUCAGAACUAGGUUGAAUAAAUUGGCCUCUUGAAAUCCCUUUCCAAUACUACAAUCUUGCAAUUCUGUAAUCUUGUCAAAUAAUGAGAGCAGUGACUGUACAGAAGUACAAAAGAAUGAAAGCAUUUCCUCUAGCCUGGACUGUUUUUAUGAACUAUAAAGACUUUUAGCUGAAGCUUCAGAGUGACCUUUUCAUAAGAGUCAGCUUUUAGAGAGUAGAUCCUCUGGGAAAAGCAACAAUUAUCAUUUGCUGGAGAGUUAGGAUUGCAAAGCAACAAAGCUAUAGUAGGUAGAACUAUGUAGUAGCCAGAGUCUUAAGGACAGUGAGAAGUUACCUCUUCCUGUUUUUUCAUCUUCCAUAAUCUCAAAGUAGAAAAUGAGAGAAAUGAUCAAAUUACACCACACAAACUGUCAAGAACAGACAAAGGAACAUACAGGAGAAUACUGGCAUGGAGAAACAAAUUGCCAAACUUUUGCUGGUACCCUUCACAGAGCUGAUGCAUAGAAACUACAGAUCUCUAAAGAAUUGUAGUAAACCUAGGUGAGUAUUUGGAGGAUUUCAAUCAUACUGAACUAGAGAACUAUUAAUCACCAUGCUAAACUAGAUAAUCAUUGUCUUAUCAAUUCCACUGAGUUAACACUUGGAAGAAUUCUUGUUUCAAGUACAUUUCUCUAAAGUUCUGGCGCAUUGCAGAAAUUAGAAUAAUAAUGAACAGGUCUUAUUCACAGAAAAGGGCAUCCACGUUUUCUAAAAUUGGACAAGAUAUUUUGAAAUGGCUGGUUUUAAAAGGAGAAAUUAAUAUCCUCUCUGUCAUGUACAUAAAGUUAGUUUUUCCUUAAAAGGUAUUAUGGGACAGUCUUCAAAAUGUGACUGGCUCAGGGAUGGAGGACUGAGGCUGUUGAAAUCACUUCAUUACCUAAGCAUAAAGCAGUCAUGAGUGCCUGGGGGAUGGGGACCUUCUGUGCUACAGAGAGCUUCUUUCAACAGAAGGGGUUCUCAGAGGCUUUCUGUGUUUAAAAUUUUUUUGCAUUUUUUUCAAUUCUUGAAUGACUUAGAAGCAUUUUAUUCUAAUCCCAUGUAAAAUCUAAACUACCAGAGGAUUGGCCAGGAUCAAGCCUAGCCCCAAACACCGAUGCAAAGGAAGAGCCAGCUGAUUCCACUAUUGAUUUUUGAAACCAAGAACAUCAUGGAUUUCUUCCCAUUUGACCCAUUAUGUCUGGCCUCAGCUAUAUCUAACUACCCUGUCUUUGUAAAGGAAACUAAAGGAAAUUGGAGGAAAGAAAUGAAGUUUUGAGUGCAGUCAGAUGAGAAAUGAGGCUUUGUCUGGUUCCUUGGGGAAGGACCAUCGUAUCAGACAGAAAUGCCAUAAGGGCAGAAUACACCUCUGAAAUGUGAAUUGCAGGAUUGAAAGGAUCUUCCAGGACAAGCACAUUUCUGUGACUUUGGUAAAGAAGUCCCAGGUACAGCCUGGUGAGAAAUGAAGACAGCUGGCUU